GAGAGUCAGGAGAAGGAGGGCGGGGAGGGAGAGAGGGAGAGAGGCCGAGCUGCCGGCAAUGAAUGAGAGCAGAGCAGGCAGAGGCUCACUGAGUGCCGUGUCCAGCCCGUCCUGACCUCACCACUGUGUGUGUGUGUGGAGGGAUUUAAUCUCCUCAGUCUCUCCCCGGCCAUGAGGAGCGGCGGAUGAGGCGCCGCCGGAGGUGGAGGAGCGCUGGCCCCGGCCGCCGAGGCCUGUCUCCCCGGCAACGCCGCCUGCCUGCCCGGGCCUCCUCUCCCUCUGCCCUCAGUGAUGUGGAGCCUGAGCGUCUCCCCUCAGCGACGCGCCCGCCAUGGAUCCCCGCGACGCCCCGAGAGGUACAAACCUUGAGGAGGAGAAGAAGAAGAAGAAGGUGAGGAAGAAGUCGAGUGUCCCCGAUGAGGAGGAGGCCGCCAUCACCACCCCCACCAGUAGGCCCGUGUGGGAGCCCAAGUACAGCCUGGUGCAGGAGGUGGGCCGCGGCAGCUACGGCGUGGUGUACGAGGCCCUGGUGAGGAGAAGCGGCGCCCGGGUGGCCAUCAAGAAGAUCCGCUGCGACGCCCCGGAGAACGUGGAGCUCGCCCUGUCCGAGUUCUGGGCCCUGACCAGCCUCAAGCGGCAACACGAGAAUGUCAUCCAGUUCGAGGAGUGCGUCCUGCAGCGCAACGGCAUGGCGCAGAAGAUGAGCCACGGCAACAAGCGCUCCGAGUUCUACCUGCGGCUGGUGGAGACGUCGCUGAAGGGCGAGCGCAUCCUGGGCGCCGCCGGCGAGCCCUGCUACCUCUGGUUCGUCAUGGAGUUCUGCAACGGCGGAGACCUCAACCACUACGUGUUGUCCCGCCGUCCCAACAAGGCCGUCAACACCAGCUUCAUGCUGCAGCUGACCAGCGCCAUCGCCUUCCUGCACAAGAACCACAUCGUCCACCGGGACCUCAAGCCCGACAACAUCCUCAUCUCCGAGAAGGCCGGCGUCCCCGUCCUCAAAGUGGCCGACUUCGGCCUCAGUAAAGUCUGCGGCGGGGCGGCCACCAACAAGAACAUGAACGUCAACAAGUGCUGGCUGUCCUCGGCCUGUGGCUCUGAUUUCUACAUGGCUCCAGAGGUCUGGGAAGGACACUACACGGCCAAAGCUGACAUCUUUGCUCUGGGCAUCAUCAUCUGGGCCAUGAUUGAACGUAUAACCUUCAUUGACGCCGAGACUAAGAAAGAACUGCUAGGGACCUAUGUCAGGCAGGGCAGUGAGAUUGUCCCAGUCGGGGAAGCAUUGCUAGAAAACCCAAAGAUGGAACUACAUAUCCCGCAGAAAAGGAGAACGUUCAUGUCUGAAGGGAUCAGGCAACUAAUUAAAGACAUGUUGGCUGCUAAUCCACAGGAUCGCCCGGACGCCUUUGAGUUAGAAACUAGGAUGGACCAGGUUACUUGUGCUGCAUAAAUUAUCUAUUGUGCAAGGGAAACUUGUAAAAGGCUGAUUAAAUUGGAACACAAGCCUAUUCCCGAGCGGAUUGAACUUUUCAAAAAUUGAGCUCUACAGCUACCUUUAUUGUGCAAAGAUUGGAGACGCUACAUUUAGAGCUUCAGUGCUAGCUGAUGUGUGGACAGGGAAAGCUAUGCAAUUAAAUUGCUGGGAUUAUGUGGGGGGGUUUUUUGGGGGGGGGGGCUGUGGUGAGAUGUGGGUGGGAGGACAUUUUGGGGAUGUGGGGUAGAUGUUGACUGCGUAAGUAAACGUGUAUUUACACUAUUUGAUUGUACCUUCACUUUAUAUGAUUAAAUGGUGUCCUUGAAGAUUUAAUUGGGUGAAUUGAAUUCUUAAAAGUUGUAUGACCCUUGUGCUUGUACCUUUUUAUGUUUUAUUUUGUGAAGCUAUGUGAUUGACAAGAAUGACAGCAGCUGCACGAGUCUUCCAGUGUGAUUUUAAAUGAGCGCUAUGUGACAAGAGUGCCUUAAAUUAUUUUAGAUUUAAUUGAUGCUAAAUUGAAUCUGAGGAACAUAUGGAUAUAAGUAGUUUUAUUUUAUUCUGUUAAUGUAUUGAGAGCUAGCUCAGAUGGCCUGGGUAGAAGUAACUGUUUAGCUGAAAAUUGAUUCGAGGUUUGCUCAGUGAUAAAUGCAGUAGGCCCAUUGAAUGUAAAAUUGAAUAAACGCAACAGUUUGGAAACAGAAGGUAAACACUUAGCAUCUCACUCCAGCCUUGCUCCAUCAUCCUCCCCGUCCCCAAUCCUUUGCAAGAAAUGGGAACUGAAGCUGGUUUAAAUAAAAUUAGGCAUUUGGAACCUGGGGUUGAGAAGAGGAUUAAGGAAAUAAAACUCUGUGACCACAACUUAAAACCAGCUAAUCUUACUAAUUGCUACAAUGAUUACUGUGGAAAAUGGAAAAUAAUGUGUACAUUUUUUUGAUGCAUGUCGACUUUAGUGCCAAAGAUGGACACACAAUGCUGGAGUAACCCUGCGGAUCAGGCAGCAUCUCGUCAGAAGAAGGGUCUUGACCUGAAACGUCACCUAUUCCCUUUUCCCCAGAGAUGCUGCCUGACCCACAGAGUUACUCCGGCAUUUGGUGUCUAUCUUCAGUGUAAAUCAGCAUCUGCUGUUCCUUCCUACUCUACUAUAGUGCCACUGAUAUAUACUGGUGCAAUCUCAAUCCAGUGCAGAUUUGACCCAGUUUUCAGCAGUCCUAAUUUUCCUCCAGUUCGUCCACAGACAAUUGGUGUGCUCGCCUCUGCAUCCUGAAUAAGGUGUGUUAGCCUCUGCAUCAGGAAUGGAGUUUGGUACCAUUAUCAAUAAUUGUGCAAUAAGUGACCUGAAGUUCUUGAUGCUGAGACUGCAUAUCAAAGUAUGCACAGUCUCUUUGUACAAACCCUUGAACCAUUCUUUAAUGUAAAAAGAGUACCCUUGUGUUAACUGGUAGUUAUUAUAUAUUUGUUUUGCCACCAGCGUGAAGGCAUAGUAUGGAGGCAGGCUCUCCAAAGCAAUCUGAAGGAUUCCCAGCACUAAAGUUCCUAUUAGAAUGAAAGCAGAGAAUUAUCGACCAGGAUACGUAGGUGUCCGAAGCUCACAUCAGCUGAUGAUUCAGUCUAAUGUAUUUCCGCUGAAGUUCGGUGAUCACUUUCUAACUUAAUUCCCCACUUUAAUAUCAGAACCAGUUAGUUCUUUCAAAUGUCAGUUGGACAAUCAGAAUCAUUGUAUCGAAACACUGAACAUUUUAUGAAUUUAAUAUUGCAAUGUGAAAGGCAUUUCUAAAAGUUUAAGCUUUGAGUACUGGAUGCUAGAUGAGGUGACCUUGACAUAUUUGGGAAAACAUUUUUUAAUUCAAGUUUGCAUAACACUGCCGCAUUUAUAUGAUCUUAAUGGGUGGCUUUUCCAACUGGCAUAUACUGGGUCAUCGUUUUGAACUAUUUAAGGUCAAUUGUAAGGUUUGUUGUCCUUAAAUAAUUUAUAAAUAUUUGCCUUUUCUGAGAAAGUAGCCAUUCCCUAUUUCUACACUAAAUUUGUGGUUUGCAUCUGUAACCAAAGCACUAUAAUGUGUCACUUCACUACUGAACAUCUGAGACAUGUUUCAAACGUUUGCCAUGAGUUGCAAAUAAGUUUUGGAACAAAAUUGCCAAGGUGAGGGUUUACCUUAUUUCCAUAGGUUAAAAAAAGAAUUUUAAUUUUUCAUACAUUUAUCCUAAUGGAUCAGAGAGAUAUCAAGGUCGGCUUUAGGUAUUGCUUACACGUGGAGUUUUUCUCCUAAGUUUAGGGAUUCGGGAUUUAACUUAAUGUGCUCAUCACUGCAAGUUCGUCAUUGACGCACAUUUUAGAUGAGAUUGUUAUUUUUUUCUGGAAAUUUUGGCACUGUUAACAUCAUAUUAUAUAACCGCACCUUUUUAAAUAUUUCAUUGGCUAAUCCCAUUAAUGGAGAAUGCAAGGGUAUAAUUUGAAUAUUUAUAAUUUGAGAAACAGGUGAAACUAGUAAAAAUUGGUUAAUCAUUUGUCAUAAUUGGGAUUGUUGGCCUAUAAAUUGUGUCUAGAACCUGUGUUAAUAUGUGUGCAGAUGAUUAUCCCUGCACCAAAUGAUGGUGAUCUGUAGUGACAGGCUUCCUGAUGUUUGUCCUUCCUCUCCCCCACCCACCCCCCCCCCCCCCACCCCCCCAGUCUAGGCAGGUGAAAUGAGUACUCUGUAUUUGCUGAUAUGUGGGAAAUUAUAAUUUGCAAUAGUUUUUCAUUUCAUUCCCAGAGCAGUAUUUUAUGCUGAAUGUACUUUAGCUAUCUAUGUAAUAUUUUGUUAUGUUUUUAGUGUUUGAACUUGGAAAGGUUUAUUCAGCAAUCACCAGAGCUGCAAAAUAUUAUACUCCUAGAUUAUUUGUAGAGUUCAAGACAUAUUUAACACCCAAGAUUCUUAAUUAAAAAAAGACUUGCAAAACCACCGCAAAAUAUGUUUUUACGUUUUUCUAAAGCCUAGAAUAUUCAAAACCUUUGGAUUUUUAAGGUGAGUUAAUAUAGUUCUAAACUUGCUUGUGUUUACAGGUUCAAUUACACCAUUAGAAUGUCAGAACGAGCCAAAUUUCAAACUAAUCGGAUGCUAAAUUAGCAAAACACAAUGUGAACGAGGGGUAUUGGAAUUAAACCACUGCUGCUCUUGCUACUUAGAAGACCAAUUACCGAAGUUUCUUCCCAACAUGCUUUCAUUACAGGGUGAUUGACCAUUAGACAUCAAAUCUAUAGUUUUGCCUUUUACCAUGCAAAUUAAAUGUCCUUGUAGUUUUAACAUAUGGUUUUGAAGAUGCCUAGUAAGGCAAGAGGCUUUGGUAUUGAAAGGAAGUUUGCACUUGCGUAUUGAGACCAAACCUAAACCGAAGAUCUUCACCUUUGCAAUGCUUAUUGAUCAAUGAAUGAAGAUUUAAUAGCUUGAUGUAUUGUCUGCUGUCCUUUGCCAUUUAGCUUAUGUCACUGCAUGGACUCGUUACAACAAAUCUUUGUUUUGCAAUCUCAGCACACAAAGACACAAAAACGUGUCUGUUUUAUAGAUGAGCUGCUUGGGAACGUGACUCUGGAAAUAAUGGGAGGAAAGAAAAUGAGGAAACAGAUUCUGUGAGCAUUUUAUACAGGGACAGUGCUGGUUGUGACAGCAUUUGGGGCAUGUUUACUGAAGCGUUUUAUGUGGUUUACAGAAGGAUUUGUUCCAAGAGAAUCCUUGUUUGUUUCUACCUCGUAUUCACGGUGUCACCCAAGUCUUGCUGGAUGAUGUAACACUGCUUAUUCCGAGUAUGGUUGAUUUUUGCAAAUAGAUUAAAUUGUCUCCAAAAUCUUUAUACUUCUAUGCAAUUUUUUUGUAUUCUGAUUUGAAACACUGUAUUACCGCAAUCUCUUGGUGUUGGUCCCUCUGCAUGGACCACAAACAUUGUGGACCAAUAUUGAGCAUUGUUUGAGUUUUUAUUUGUAUUUAACAUGAUUUGUAGUUUGGACUGGAGCCAUUUGAAUCUUCAAAUGUUGUGUCUUGGGAAUAAAUUUUGUUAUUUCAGCAAUAAAGGGUUUUAAAAUGUCA